GUUACGCUAUCCGUUCAAACCGUUCUGAAGAUUGAUACAAGUCCGAAGUCGACCGCGUGCUUCGGGCAGCCUCCAUUUUAUUAUUACGUCAAUUGUCAUUUGUCAUGUUACCUCAACGUGGUUGAGCUUAAUAUUUUUGUUGAUAUUAUUUGAAAAAUAAUGUCGAUGUUAGCGGAACCCCGUCGAAAGCAAAAAAUAAUAAAUUUACGUGCGAAGAAUAAUGCUUGGAGUAAUGAUACGAACAAAUUUGGGCAACGUAUGUUAGAAAAAAUGGGUUGGAGUUCUGGAAAGGGGUUAGGUGCAAAAGAAAAUGGUAUUGUGGAGCAUGUUGUCGCUCGGUACAAAAAUGAUGAGAAAGGUUUGGGUUACGAAGAUAAAAACGACCAGUGGACAAAACAUGAGGAUGAUUUCAAUGCAUUAUUGGCUAAUCUAUCAAAUGACAAAGAUUCGGGAACUGAAAUAUUACACAGUGGUGUCUCCUUAGAAAAAAAGUCAAAAAAGAGUAAAGCUAGGAUUCAUUACCACAAAUUUACCCGAGGAAAAGAUAUAUCCCGCUAUAGUGAAAAAGACUUGGCAAAUAUAUUUGGAAAAAAGAGUUUUCACAAUAAAAGUGAAAAUGUAGAAGAAACUGUUAAAGAUGAAGAUGAAACAGUUGAAAAAGUAUUUACGGAAAGGGGCAGCAUGGAAGAUUACUUUAAAUCCAAAAUGGCCUCUUUGAAAUCAAAGAAUAAAAUCACCCCUUCUUUUAAUGAUAACAGUAACAAUAAUUAUUGUGAUUUUGCAUUCAGAGGGUUCUCCUGCACUAAUGGUGAUGGGAAUUCAAAUGCAAACACAGAAAAUAAUUUAAAUAAUCCAGUGGAUAGUCAAGAUGUUAAUCAAGAGAGCCAAAUUGAAAAAAUUCCUAAAAAAGUGAAAAAGAAGAAAUCAAAAAAUAAGGAAACUGUCUCUGAUAGUGAAAAUAAGGAAGCUGAUUACAUUUUUCAAGGAUUUUCAAAUUCCGAGUCUGUUGGUGGUAUGGACAGUAAGGCUGACUUGACUGAAGAUUCAAGAGAAAAGUCAUUUGUUGCAAAAAAGGAUAAAAAGAAGAAGAAAAAAGCUAAAAAUAAUGAUAUAAAUGUAGAGGAAAAUAUUACUGAAGAAGUGGUAAUAAAAGAAGGAAAAAAGAAAAGGAAUACAGAAAUUGAUACUGAAAUUGAUAAGUCUUGUCUAGUGGAACAAGAUAUUGAUGAUGAAGGGGCUCCCAAGAAGAAAAAGAAAAGAAAAAAUAAAGAUUUAUAAAAUAUUAUUUACCUCCAUUGCUUUUCAUUGAUUAUUAUCAUUUAUUUUACAUGACGCAAACAAUAAAAUAAAGGAAUUACAUUUCUGAAAUAUUUGCGAGAAAAUUAGUAAAGCAAUAAUUAAACACAAUUUAUAAUUGUAUAUUGUGUAAUAUUAUGUUUUUGUAUUAGGGAAAAAUGUGUUACUUAUUAUUGCAAGUAUGCAAUCUUACUAUUUUACAUAAUAUAUAUUAAGGCAUAUUUAUAUUUUACAUAAUAUACAUACGCAGUCUAUAUUAUCAAACAAAAAUUUUUAUGAAGAAAUUGAAAUAUUAAUUUAUAUGUUAAGAAAAGUUAGUGCGCGUAUCCGAACGUUCACGUGUUUUGUGGGCGGCGGCACGCACGGCGCCAUUUUGUUCACAACGUAAUGCAUCUACGUUCAUUGUUCAGACUACGCAAAUAAAUAAAUUUCUUGUUUGUGAAUGUUGAAUGUUGAAUUAAUCAUUUAACAAUUUUUUUUUCUUGUAAAAUUCCGUAACUAGAUUCGUGAAUGCUCAUGAUAUUAUGUCACUCAAAGUUGAUAUCAAUUGUCAUUAGUCAAGUGUCAAAGUUAAAUCUAACAAAAACACGUGGAAUGUGGCUUGUAGAGUUGCAAUAACAUAAUAUAGGAAUUUAGUGAAAAAACAUUGAAAAUAAGUGCUUCAUUCGUAUAAUAACCACACUAUGAUAAUUCAAGAAGAUAAUGAAAUACCUAUGGAAGUCCCUGUCAUAGAUGGAAGUGAUGAUGUUAAAAAUAAAUGCGAUUACAGUGAAAAUCAAAACAAAGGUACAAAAUCUAGAAAACGACAUAAAACUAAGAAUAAUUCGGAUCCAAAUUUUCUUCACGGUGAAAUUUCACCGUCAUCUUCCACACAAAUAAGUCAAAAUGACUUAGAAGAACUGAGGUCUGUGUAUUGUCAGUGCAAAGCUGUUAUCGAGAAAAUAGAGUCCAAGUAUGGACAUUUAUUGAAUAUUGAAGAGAGUUACAAUUCUGGAAGCGAUAAAAAUGUUGAAACCAGUAAGUGUGAUUGUACAUUCAACAAAAAAAUUGUUUUUGAUGAAAGCGGGCAGCAAAUUACCCAAGAAAUUGUACCAGAUAUACAUAUUUGCCCGAAAAAACAGAAAUUCAAUCCUUCAUCAAAAUCGACUAAAUCAAGAUCUAUUGUCCAAAUAGAGGAUGAAAAUUUUCUUGAUUCACUCCCAAAUGACAUUAAAAAUCUCUGCAACAUUUUGAAAGAUCCCAAUAUAGAUAUUGUACACAGAAAUAAAGUGAUUGAAAAAGUAAAAUUGCUUCGAUUAGACCAUUUAAAUACUAUGCGAUUUGAUAGAAAAAUAUUAAUAGAAAGUUUGAAAUUAAAACCAGAAGAAUUUAUAGAAUUUAAGGGAUCAAAUUUGUCAUCUCUAACUGGAUAUCCAACAUAACCGAGCGUUGAAGUUAAAGAUUAUGUCAGUUAAGAAUGGUUCACUUGAUUGCGUAUUAUUCAGAGAUAAUAUCAAUGUUAAGAACAAAAUCUGAUAAUAUGAAAUUAAAAAGGACAAAGAAGGAUAAAUAACACUAUAAAUGAAUAUGGCCUCAACUUGUAAUUUCAAUGUGUAAUAAAAUGUAUUAUCUGAAAAGAUUAAUUUAUCAAAAUCAUGUCUUUAUUUUGUAAAAUAUACAGUGCCUUAAUAA